AUGACUGACAAAUGGCUGCGGGUUGAGAAGCCUGUCAGCCUUCAGAUUCCCAAGAACCUGAUUCCUCACAGUUUCUACACUUACAGUACCUCUUUGUCCGGGAAGGUAGGGGUGGUGGAGGCUAUGUUAAUAUGGUUUAUAUUGUUUUAGGUUUAAAAAAUAGGUUACAAAAACCUUAAUUUGAAUUAUAUUAAGCAUAACUUUGGACAAAUUAAUUUAGAGGAUCUAUGUAGUCGGGAGUUCUAAGGAGGUAGUAAUCACAAAUGACCUAAGGGCCUUGAGGAAGCUCUGCCUUCUGGAGAUUGACCUCGAGACUAAAGAGAUCAGCAGUUACUCAGUAGACGUGGGCGACUUUACUGGCGAAGUACUUGAACUUUACUUCCUAGCCAAGGACCUGGCUGUUCUACUGACAUACGAUCACAGGAAGAACGAACUACUACAAUAUCGACUGAUUAUCGACCGAGUGAGGAAAGAGUUGGGGUGUGACGUCGUGAGGUGUACCAGCUUUGAUGGUAACAUGGGACUGAGAGUGGGCGUGGGUGCGGUGGUUCAGGGCUACAUUCUGGUGGUGGGGAGGACGUCGAGAGAGAUGGGUGACGUGUGUAAGGUGAAGAUGCUGGCCUCGGACCCUUACCACUACGAACACUUUCCCGACUUUGAGUUGGACAAACAGGUACUGUCAUUUAGGGGUUCGUAAUUUGUGAAAUUUACUGAUAUAUUGUGCUUUAGAAGUAUGUAUACAUUUAAAACGGGUUUAUAUACGUAUUUAUGGAUAAGUUUUUUCUGACCUCAUACGAAGGUGUUGUAGAUGAUUGAGUUAGAGAGAAUAGCUCACAUGCAUCCAGAGGAACUGUAUGUGUGGCCAAAGUCGGUGCCAUUACUGUACAAUGAGUCGCUGUACUUUCUGAUGGCAAAGAAGGAAGAUUUCUCGUUAUUGUUUGACACAUCUCAUCUGGGUGUCAUGACAUACGAUCAUACCUCCAACCAGUUUGUCACCAAGAUUCAGGACGUUGACAAUUCAAAGAUUAAAGAGUAAGGUUCUUUUAAUUUUACUAUUUCUAAUAACGUUUACAUUGCGAUAAAUAUUGUUGUUAGAUAAACGUAUUUAUGAUAUUUGGUGACAUUUUGACUGUAAUCUUGUUUAAGGCUGAUAAACCACCGUGACAUGAACAUUAACUAUGGCUGUAUGAUCGCUCAGAAAGGCAAGAACAUGUGGCUGACCUUUAUCAGUCCAGCACCAGCUACUCACUGGCGCUGGAAGCUUCAGAUGGUGGCUACUGUGGUUUGUCAGUAAGUUUUUAUAUCUUUUUAGUAUAUAAACUUGUUAUGUGUAAUACUCUAAAUUUGGAUAUGAUUUUAUAUUAUAGUUUGCCAGACUUUUGGUUUUACUUUUCACUACUUUAUACCUACAGUAAUUUUUUUGUCCUACCGUAUUACCUACAGUAGUUUCAGUAUGUUUCUGUUUGUCUUCGGUCGAUUCUUCAUUUGGUUUGGGAACUAUGACGGUGGCUACAUGGCUACAAAGUUCAUGCACUUUUACUUGUGGAUGAUGGGACCAAGCAUGAUUCCUCAAUUCGGACCAUCACCUACCUUAAGAUUGGUCUCAUUGGACUUGGAGAGGUUUCAAUUGAAAGCCGCCAAGGUCAAUGUAAGGUUUAAAUUUUUUUUUAUUUUGACAUUUUAGGUAAUCACAAACAUUAAAACUGGUUAAAAUUCAAGCUAAUAUUACAUUUGUUUAGGUGAUGAAGUCAGCAUUGAGCAGAUUUGGUCAAGUUCUGAUCGACAGUACUCCUCGAGGUGACGUCAUCAUGGCAGAGAUGCCACCACGAUGUUCGGAGCUCCGAAUCUCCAGAAUCUGUAACCCGUUCGAGCCGGAACCGUUGUCGAGGAUGAGCAAGAAGACAGUGGAGCACACGUUUCCUCGACUGUUCCUGGAGAAGCGCCUGCCCGGCUACGUGCUCCAGUCCAAGAGUUCCACCAUAAUCGGUCCGACUUGGAAUCUGCUUAAGUAA